AUGGACACAUUCAUACCGUCAUGCGGGUGUUGCACGCCAGACCCUUAUUUCGCAUUUGGUGACAAUCAAUGCACCUGUAAUGGAUGUGGUGGAAUGCUCGAGUUGCCAUCUGGAGAUGUUCUCGACUCUCAUACCAUUUCGACCCUCGAGUCUACAAAUGUGAAGCGGUUCGAACUCAACCUGACCUGGCCGAGGCUUGUACCGUACUCCGAAAGAGUCCGCGGAUUUGGGCACUUGAAUGGAAUCAUUGAUGAUAUGCUACGCAGCAGACGAGUUGGUGGCACGCCAGUCUGCCUCCCAGCGGCGGCUCCAACACACAUUGAAAGAACUUCGCAGGAGCAGCAUGCCAGGCCUAAAUGGGUCCCGAAAGAGUACUUAUAUUCGGAACUCCGAGGCAUUUACGAUCCUAAAGAUAACCCCGAUAAACUCGCACAUGUCGAGUUCCGAAUUUUAGAACUAUCCAAAGGCAACCGAGAAGAUCCUCUUCACGGUAGUUUGAAGACAGUGACGAUCGAGGAUAGAAUCGACUAUGUAGCUUUAUCAUAUACCUGGGCCGACAAAACUGGAGACUCUACGCGACGGAGGCCACUCUUCCUUGGUCCUGAGUGCCAGAGAUUGUUCAUGACAGUGAACUGUGAGGCUGCUCUUCGAUGUCUUCGAUAUCCCGACCAGCCCCGAUCCCUCUGGAUCGACGCGAUCUGCAUUAAUCAGAAAAGCGAGGAUGAUAAAAAGGCCCAGAUUCUUAUCAUGAAUUAUAUCUACUCUAAGGCGUCCUCGGUUCUGGUCUUCCUUGAUGAUAGCUCAGACCCUGUGCACCACAUUCUGAGGAACAUCAAAGCAAACAAAGAUCCUACUAUUAAGGAGUAUCCCACUGAGGAAGACCAGAUGCAGAUGCAAGCCUUGUUUUCCAUACCAUAA